AUGUCUGGUUCGUCUAGGGCCUUAGUCAAAGCGCUUAACAAUGUCUUUGAAGAUCCCUCGUCGUUACCCGAGGUCAAUGGUAUUAUAGACCAGUACUUGAACAAGCACAAUACCCUCAAAAGCAUCCAUCAAUCAACCUUCAUCUUGCACCACGAGUUUCAAAGAAUCUACAACCAUUAUGUCGACCCCAAGAAGAACGACAGCGCCACAGAGUGUAUGUUCCUUACGCUCCUAACUCCGUGCAUAGGCGUGUUUGAUCUACCACAGGUGGACUUCUGGCUCCAAUGUUAUCUCCGACCGGCCAUAGACAGUGCGGGCUACGAUAACCGUUUGGUGGAAGGGUGCCGAGAGUUGAUUAAGGCGUUGAUCAAAAGCGAUGAUGGUACGAGUCAGAAUGACACGAGUCAGAAUGACGAGUCAGAAUUGCUAGCUCAAAGGGCUCAGAUUGCUCUGUUUGUGGUGUCUAAGAUCAUCGAUGUCUAUUUGGGGGAUUACACCUUCAUGUCGUUGGAGUUUUCCGACUUGGAAUUGAAUACCCAACCUCACUUCGAACGGAUCCGGUUCAUGAGAAAGAACUGUUGCAUGUUGAUCAAUGAUUAUGCCGUUAGUCUGCCUCAAACAUAUUAUGAAGUUAUCAAUACUUAUUUUUUGAAGCCAGUUCACAGGUUACCCAUAUUGACCCUAUUGGCAGGUUUUGUUUCAUCAUCUUCAUCAUCGUCUGUAUCUGCUCCCGCUCCCGCUUCCGCUUCUGCUUCCUGUAUAACAUCGACUCCUUUAUUCAAAUCGUUGCUUGUGUCUUUGGCCAUGGACGAAAGUGAGCAUAUCAUUGUAUGUGCCUUAUCUGUGCUCUGUAUGGUAGUACCCCAAAUAGCCACUGCUUUGGGUGACUACCUCAUUGAUAUGCUUUAUAUUUAUAUCAGAAUGGUACUAUGGAUCCAACUGAAGGGUUUGGGUGACAGUUGUGACUAUUGGGAGAUAGCGGCAGCAGCCACUUCGGAACAAGGGACCACCGCAUUAAAUAUUGACCCUCUGAACUUGGCUACGUUGCUCUAUGGUCUCUUCCCAUACAAUUUUUGUUCCUUUGCUGUGAACCCAAAGAGCUAUUUAAAAGGUAAGAAGCCAGCCCUAUUGACAUUGGCAGAUUUGCCUUUCAUGACAACGUUCUUUGAUGAAAGUAGUGAUCCUCAUGAAACUCCGUGGGACGAUACUCUUAGUCAAGAAACCAAAGUAUUGUUGAAGAGCUUCUAUUUUCAUCCAAAGUUUUUUCAGUUGUCCUUUUUUGGUAACGAUAAUAAGUUGACGUUGACCAAUGAACUCUCUGGGCCUACUGCUUGGAUAGAUCAUCAUCAACAUGAUGUUCAUGACGAAGUUAGUUUGAAGACAUUGGGCUUGAACCCCAACUACUUCCUUUGUAUUCCAAAUUAUAUUUCUGAACAGUCUUAUGACACUAGAAGUUAUCAUUCUCGUCAAUCGUCGUUGGUUACGGGGACAGCUGGAAAUAAUAGCAGCAUCAAUAUGAAGCACCACUGGGGCGGACUUGGUGGUUUCAAAACCAAUAAUAAUAGCAUUCGAAAUCGUUCAAGCCAGGCUUCUUUCACACUGUCAAACGAUAGAGCCAACAGUGGAGCAGGGCUAGAGAUCCGGUUCAAAGAUGUCACCUUUGACACACCCAGAUCCAAUCAUCUUGAUGUUGAUGAUCACUUUGAUGCCGAACCAAUAGAUGAAUUAUUGGCAUCUCAUGAGAAACUAUAUUCUACAAAUAGAAGUCCUCCGCCAGAGGAGAACAGCUAUUACAAUUCACCUCCUUCUGGUAAGAGAGCUUCAUCGUCCUUGUUGUUGCAUGAAGGACGGUCUGUUUCCAUUCCUACCACCUCUCUUGAGACCACUAUGGUUCAUAAGAGAUCCAUUGGGAAUAUGAACAUACUAGCAGUUAGUGAUGGCAUAAGUACUGGUGCAGUAUCAACAUUGAGUAAUGCUCUUACUGCUGCUUCUCUGGGAAGUCCCAAUACUAAUAUCAGUGGGGUUGUGGACUUUUAUCAAAGAGAAUUACUUUUAUUAAAGAACGAAUUGGAAUUUGCUAAUUAUAUGACGCUCCUCAACAAGUACAACAACGUUAAGCUUACGCUACAGAAUAAUAAAGCCUUGCGAGAUUUACUUCGACUCAACAAUGGAGGAUCAAGUUAUAAUGAAAGUGAAAGCUAUCAAAAACUAAGUCUUGAAAUUGAGAAGAUCCAAUCUGCCAACGAAAUACAAUUAAGAAAAAUCACUGACCGGUUGGUUGAGCUCCAAAAUGAAAACGAUACCCUAAGAGUAACCAAUGAGAAACUUUCUCAAGAGAAUGGAUACCUACUGAAGGAUUUGGACUAUUUCACCAAUCAAGUAAUCCCCAAUAAGGACACUCAAUUGACACAAUAUAAAUUAUACAUUGAAAAGUUGAAACAGAAAGUAGAAGACCUUCAACUUCAACAGAAAAAGAAGGAACAAGUGGAGAGUGAGAAACAAGCUCCAUCUAUUCCAAGCCAAGACACACUGACGAUGUUUGUAUUUGAUAUUAAAUCAAAAGUCAUUCGACUAGAAGAAAAGAAUAUUGCUUUGGUCAAGGAACUUGGGAAGCUUCAAAAUGCUCAUGAAAAUACAAUUAAAAAAUAUGAGAGUAAACUUCAACACGAUAAAGUUGAUUUGGGAAAGAACAUUAAUGGUUAUGUGAAUCAUUAUGAGAAGAGAAUAAAGGAAUUGAAUUCAAUCAUCAUGAAAUAUGAAUCAGUUAUUGAAGAAAAGAAUGCAAGAAUAUUACAUCUAAGCACAAGUAAGCCUAUAUCCAUUCCUGAAGCUGGAAAUCAAUAUCAACUGCAUUCAAAACAUAUUGAACCAUGUUUUAACCCUGAUUAUACAUUGGAGUCUCAAACUCCAGAUACAAGAGAUUCACAGUCAUCAUCUACUGAUUCAAUCCAUUCACCUACCAGAGGUUAUCCCAAGAGUCCUCCUCUUCAACCUCAUAUGCACCAUUCUUCAUCUACAAUUCCUGUUCUGAAACAGUUCUCCGGUUCGUACACCAUUCAGCCUACUGUUAGAGGCAGAGGAGGGUAUCAGAAACGGUCCAAGAAUAAGCUUAUGUAA